AAACACCGUUUAUAACGUAUUUAUUUUUAACAAAAAAAAAACUUCCCUGUAAAAACCUGACUGCAGAUGCAAGGUGGAAAUACACAGCGUUUUAUUUUAAUAAGAAAGUUAAGACGCCUUUCCCCACAAAGCAAUCCCUGUACAGACCGCGCUCAGAUAAGUUCUCGGGAAUCAAAAUCUGCGUGGAAAAUGUUUCACAAAAUGUAUAGUUUUAAAACACUUGUGCUGAGUUGUACUCAUUGUACAUACUCCCCCCGUUCCCAAUUUCCCGACAUUUGCGCCCCCUCCCCUCUCUCCCUCCAUUCCUCCCUUUGAAGGAUGUUUGAAAACUGCAGAUUGAUUCGUUUCACCUUACUAGGAAGUGAACGCUUUGCACGGGAAGAGGAGGGACUGGGGGCACCGGCUCCAUGGCAGCUAGGCUGAUCCGUCUUGUGUUUAUCAAUGGCACGUAUUAACGCGUUAACGCCAUAGAUCGCGCGGUGUAACGACAAUUGUGACAUUUUCCAAAGUCCGCGGAAACCGCUUUAGGGCUCGCCAGCUUAAAUGCAAUCGCUGCAGAUAGUGUGUCCGUGAACUUUGUCGUGCUCGUCCCCCCCCCCGUGCAAUGUCCACUUCACUUUUAUUCCGUAACAUAAGAGUGUCUUUGGCGUGCGGCUGGGGACGCGGAGCGAAACGCGCACUUUUCCGCUCGCCCGUAGCCUCGCUGCAGCUGCGUCGCCCCGUAAUAGAUACGUCGUACUCUAGUCACUUCAUGGAUUUUAAAGGCUCCUCGAUACCUAGCGCCAUGAAAAAGCUGGUGGUGACAAAGCUGAGCCAAAAAUUCAGGGAUGCCGUAUCCUUGCAAACCGUUCCGGUCCCGACACCUGACGACGGGGACUUACUGAUAAGAAAUCGAUUCAUUGGCAUCAACGCGUCCGACAUCAAUUACUCGGCGGGCCGCUACGACACCUCGGUCAAGCCGCCGUUCAACAUGGGGUUCGAGGGCAUCGGUGAGGUGGUGGGCGUGGGCCUGAGCGCCAGCGCACAUUUCACCGUGGGCGACACCGUGGCAUACUUCGUGGAGGGCGCCUUCGCCGAGUACAGUGUGAUCCCCGCCAAGAAGGGCGUGCGCAUGCCAGCCAUAAAGCCGGAGUUCCUGGCGAUCUUGCUGAGCGGCGCCACCGCCUAUAUCGCGCUGAAGAAGCUGGGCGAGUUGACGGAGGGCCAGACGGUGCUAGUGACGGCGGCCGCCGGGGGCACUGGACAGUUCGCCGUGCAGUUCUCCAAGGCGGCCGGCUGCCACGUGAUAGGCCUGUGCUCCUCAGACACGAAGGCCGGCUUCCUGAAGACCAUCGGCUGCGACAGACCCAUCAACUACCGCAAGGAGGACCUGUCGGAGGUCCUGCGCCGCGAAUACCCACGCGGAGUGGACGUGAUCUACGAAUCUGUCGGCGGCGACGUCUUCGAUCUGGCCAUCAACAACUUGGCUGUCAAGGGCAGGCUGAUUAUCAUCGGCUUCAUUUCCGGCUACCAGUCAGACCUGGGCCUCGCUCCGGUGAAGACCACAGCCACAGCGCUGCCGGUCAAGCUGCUGAAGAAGUCCGCCAGCAUGCAUGGAUUCUUCCUGCCGCAUUACCUGUCCGACUAUGGGGAGGCGCUGGCGAGCAUGCUAAGCAUGCAUGCCCGCGGCAAGUUGGUGUGUGAGGUCGACCGCGGGGACGCGGCUCCUGGGGGCAGGUUCGUGGGCCUGGAGUCUGUGUUUCGUGCUGUCGACCACAUGUACAAUAAGGGGAACCUCGGCAAGGUUGUGGUGGCGCUCGGGCCGGAGGCUGAGAGCAAGCUGUGAGCGGGAAACCGACCUCACGUGGAUAGCAGUGUGAGCAGACACACGAGUAAAACUCCCCAGAAUGAGUGAAUUGAAAGUGCCUGUUCUUCUCUGUAAGGCUUAAAGUCAGCUUGUUAAUUUUGACUGUUGAUUUAAUUUUGACUUUGCUGUUGAUUUACAUAGAAUUCUUACAUACAAUGGAGACUUGCCUUGUUAUUUCUUUGGUAAAAAUGUGCCUUUUUCUCUCCUGCUUUACGGCUACUUUAUUUUAAGGUGUGACGCAACCAUUUGCGUGUCUCUGAACACCAUGGCGAACUGCGAUCCACCCAGUUCCAUAUAACUGUGGGGGUAAUUGGGCAAACAGGGAACUGUGAGCUGAGCUGUCACGAGGCUGCUCUCAUUUGGAGGGAGGGGGGCAGCUGAGGGUCUGGGGGCCACGUGUCCAGUAGGCCUUUAAAACAGGGACGCCGCUGCCUUUAUGUGUGUGUUAAAUGCCCGUUAAGGGGACGACGGAGCGCACAUGUACUCGUUUAUCAUCAGAUGCCCCCCCCCCACCUGGUCAACACACUGGACACUGACCGCCGCAGUAGACAAGACCACAGCCUUUAAGAACCUCUAUUCACAACCUUCAGCAGUCAGUGAUUUUGUGUUUAUUGAAAUACUGUUGCCUUUUCUCCAGUUAGUGCUGCUGAGUUUUUUUCCUUUUGGCUAAUGUACUAUUUUUGUUUUCAUAUAAAUAAAACUGUUCAUUGUGCUCA